AUGGCGGCGGCGGGCGCCAGCAGCAGUGACCUGCUGAUCGUGGGGCCGGGGGUGCUGGGAAGCUACGCAGGCAAGCUCUGGCUCGAGUCGUUCCCGGGGGCGACGGUUGUGGCGCAGACCAACACAGAAGGCAGCCACGACAGGCUGAAAAGCUUGGGGCUGACGCCGCGCACGCGUGAUCAGGCGGGUGACAGCAGGAAGUUCUCGCACGUGCUGUUUGCCGCGCCCCCAUCCGGCAGCGAGGACUACCCGGCAGAGGUGGCGGCGGCCGCCCAGCUGUGGGACGGCACUGGCAGCUUUGUGUUCACCUCCUCCAUGUCCGUCUGCGCCGCAGAGGAUGGCAGUGAGGUCAGCGAGGAGCGCUGCCCCUUGGUGCCCCAGGGCAAGUCUCCCAGCACAGACCGGCUGCUUGCCGCUGAGGCCGCGGCGCUGGCUGCAGGCGGCAACGUGCUGCGGCUGGUGGGGCUGUACCACGCGCAGCGCGGGCCGCAUACGUUCUUCAUCAAGCAGGGUGAGGUGGCGCGGUACGGCGGGUACACGGUCAACAUGCUGCACUAUCAGGACGCGGCGGGCCUGGCAGCAGCCAUCCUGCGCGGCGACGGCGCGGCCGACGGGGCGUACCGCGGGCGUGUGUUUGUGGGCGCCGACAACCACCCGCUGACCUUCCAAGAGAUGGUAGACGCGUGCUUUGCGUCAGGGCUUUUCAGCGGGGCUGUCAACUUCACGGCGCCUGCCCCUGUGGGCGGCGUCGGGCUUGGGAAGCGGGUGAACAACAACGUGACACGGCAGCAGCUUGGAUGGGCGCCAGAGUUCAGCAGCUUUCGGGAGUUCUUCACG